AUGUCCAGUGGAUCUGCUGCACCCAAUCCUCAAAGAAGCAAGACCGUACGACUCACUGUCGUCGCCGCCGAUGGUCUCAGUAAACGGGAUGUCUUCCGUCUACCCGACCCGUUCGCAGUCAUCAUGGUCGAUGGCGACCAUACUAAAACUACCACAGCCAUCAAACGAACACUCAACCCAUACUGGAACGAAAGCUUUGAUAUGUUAGCCAUCAGAAAUACAAAAAAACAGAGAAAUCCUAUUCCAAUCGUCAUCUGA